GAAGAGAGAAUGAGAACCCUGAAAUGGCAACAGCUCUGGCCUCAGAGACUCCUGAAAGGGAAGUGGAAGAUGAAGCCACAUGUCCAAUUUGUCUGGAUUAUUUUAGCGACCCAGUGACUGUAGACUGUGGGCACAGCAGCUGCAAAACCUGCGUAACUACAUACUGUGACAACUGGGAAGAGGGAAAUCAUGGCCCUUUGUGCUGUCCCAUCUGCAGAGAAAAGAUUGAGAAAGUGAAUUUCAGGCCUAACUGGGAUCUGGCCGGUUUAGUGGAACACGUUAAACAAUUGGGAUUAAAACCAGGAAAAGAGGAAAAGGAGAAUCUAUGUGAGAGACACAAGGAAAAACUCAGUCAGUUUUGUGAAGAGGAUGGGGAAUUCAUAUGUGUGGAAUGUGACAAAUCCCCAGUACACAAAACGCACACAGUGAUUCUCAUUAAAGAGGCUGCCCAGAAAUAUAAGGGUCAAAUUUGUGUCCAUCUGAAUAAUAUGAGUAAGAAGAAAGAAGAACUUCUGGAAAUUAAAUUGAAUGAGGAAAGGCAGAGUCAGAAACACCAGGAAGAGACAGAAACUGUGAGGAAGAAAAUCAUGUCAGAAUUUGAGGAACUGGAGAAGAUUUUGCAGGAACAAAAGCAACCUUUGCUGGCCCGGCUGGAAGAGCUGACCAAGGACAUUGUGAAGAGGGAGAAUGAAAACGUCACCAAACUCCUCAAGGAGAUUUCGUUUCUCAGUAACCUGAUAAAGGAGUUGAAAGAAAAAUGUCGGCAGCCAGCGAGUGAAUUCCUGCAGGAGAUUGGAGAUAUCUCUAUUUUAGGGGUGGACUAUGGGCCUUUCAGCUGGUCACUGGUCACAGUUCUAACAACAUUUGUAGUUAACAAGAUUUUUUUUUACAAACUGAUGACUCCUUGGAGAUGCAAGCAGGUGAAAGAUCGGCCACCGGUGGAGAUUUCACCUGAACUGGAAGAGAAACUAAGUACUUUGCACCAACUUGGUAUUGUUCCAGAGGAGAUUCUGAAGAAAUUUACAGCUGCUUUAAAAAGGAACCAGGAACCAGAAACUCAGCAUGCCACAGUCUCAGGGAAGAAGAAACUUUGCUCAGAUGGUGUAAAUGAGGGGCAGGAAUCAAAGACACCACAAGCCCCAAAGUUGGGGGUGAAAGUUGGUGUAAAUCAGGAGCAGAAACGAGAGACUCAACAAGCCCCAGCGCCAGGGGAGAAGGAUGGUUUAACUCUGGAGCAGGAAUCAGCAACUCAGCAAGAUUCAGAGCCUUGGAAGAGAGAAUUCUGUACAGAGAGACCAAAAGCCCGUCCGUACAUCGAGUCAAAGCUAAAAAUGCAGAAAUAUAGAAGCAGGAAACUAAAGCUGAGAGAUGUCCUGGAAAUCACACUAGAAAGUGUAAACAACUGGAGUCCCCAGACAACAGACGAUUUACCGUGGCAUUUCCUGAGGAAGCUCAUGGCUCUGAAUGGGACGGCCAGAAACACAAGCCUUGAGCACAGGGCACCUGAUGGUCAAACACUCAUUAUGGACAAAGAGGAGCUGGGUAUUCAUGAAGAUUUUUUUUUUCUCAGUGACACAGACACCAGUGAUUCUCUGAACCCCCUUGAUGUUCUCUGUGCUGUUCUGCUUUGCUCGGACAGUUUCCUACAGCAGGAGAUCCUGUCCAAAAUGUCCAUGUGCCAGUUUGCCCUCCCUCUGCUGCUACCUGCCCUCGACACCCCCAGGUGCACUCUAAUGCUGUGGGCCAUGAGGGACAUUGUGAGGAAGUGGAGGCCGCACUCCCUGGCAGACAGCAGAGGGUUCAGAGAGGAGAGCCUGGUGCUCACCAAAAUGCCAACCAUUUCCUUUGUGCGGCUGGGCAGCUGCAGCUUCUCCAAGUCCAAAUUCCUCAAUGAGGUUCUCAGCCCCUCCCAGCAGCACCACGAUUUCUUUAUCCAUCAGGACAUGGAGUCUGGGAACGUCCCUCGGGAAAUCGCAGAUGGGCUGGUUGAGAUUUCCUGGUAUUUCCCUGGGGGGAGGGAGAAUUCAGAUCUUUUCCCAGAGCCCCUUGCGGUUACAAACUUGCACGGAGACAUUGAGACCCACUGGCUGCAGUUCAGUUUUUUAACAGAGAUCUCCUCAGCAGUGUUCAUAUUAACAGAGAGCAUCAGUGAGAGAGAAUAUGCACUGUUAUCAUCUUUGCAGGAAUCGUCCACUAAAUACUACUUCAUCUUUAAUAAUCAGGCUGCGACAUCCAAGGAAACACUGGCAUUCCUGAACAAGUUGGCCCCAGGGCUGAAACUGAACAACUCACAUGUGCUGCAGAAAGGACGUGCCACAAAUCAGGCGGCUUAUGUAAAAGUUCUGCAGUCUGCAAUAGCAGCUGUAAUGACGUCUUCUCCCAAGAGAGUGAGUAUAGAAGCCAUGGCUGAGACAGCGCGUCAAUUAGGCAUCCAGGUAGAUGAGGAUAAUAAGAAAUGUCAGAGAGCCAGUGAAUAUGCCAAGGAAAUCACUGUACACAUAAAAGAUGUGGCAAAGUACAAGAGGGAAAAGCUGAGACUCCAAGGGGAGACCUGGAAAAACUUGGCUGAAGUGGAAAAGGAGCUGUGCCAAAUGAGAAAGCGAGGGGACAUCCCUCUUGAGAAAUAUAAAUCUCAGCUGAAAGAGAAAUUAAUGGAUUUACGUGUUCAGCAGAAUACACAUGACCUUACUGAUGGUUUGACUACAUUUAUUACUGGACUAGGACUACUGCCUCCCGAGGAGAAACAUUACUUCCUGAAAUGGAUGAAGUUUGACCUGGAUCACAUUGCUCGGGAGAAUCUUUCUAAACUACAGGAUCAAUAUAAAGAGAAAUGCAAAAACUCAAAAGACGACCCCAAAAUGUUUGCAGAAGUAGAUAAACUAAUCUCUGCCAGUUCCUUAGGGGUGGAGCAUUUUAUGCGUGAGUUGGGGCAGUUAUAUGAGGCUGAACACGCAAUGGUGAAGGAAGGUAAAAUAGCAGAAAGCCAAAGACAAUUUCUUCAUCUCUCAGGCAUAGCAGCUGACCUGAUGCUGGAAGGGUUUCCCAUGGAGCUGAUCGAUGGAGAUGUAUCCAACAUCCCACUGCAGUGGGUAACAGAUGUUCUGAGUCAGCUCCAUGCCAAGCUGGGGGGAAAGUCCAGAAUGUUGGUUCUGACGGUGCUGGGAGGGCAGAGCACUGGGAAAUCCACCCUCCUCAACACCAUGUUUGGCCUGCAGUUUGCAGUGAGCAGUGGCCGAUGUACGCGAGGAGCCUUCAUGUCCCUCAUUAAAGUGGUAGAGAACUUUCAGCAGGAGCUGGGCUGUGAUUUCAUCCUGGUGAUAGACACAGAAGGCUUUAAAGCCCCUGAACUGGCCAAGCUGGAGGACAGUUAUCAACAUGACAAUGAGCUGGCCACACUGGUGAUUGGACUGAGUGACAUAACCAUCGUUAACAUGGCCAUGGAGAACGCCACCGAAAUGAAGGAUGUUCUGCAAAUUGUGGUUCAUGCCUUUCUCAGAAUGGAAGAAAUCAGGCACAAACCCAACUGCCAGUUUGUGCAUCAGAAUGUCAGUGAUGUGUCUGCGCACGAACAAAACAUGAGGGACAGGAAACACCUCCUGGAGCAGAUGGAUGAAAUGACCAAAGCUGCAGCAAACAUGGAAAAGAAAGGCAGGAAGAUGAAAUUUUCUGAUAUUAUGGAUUAUGAUCUGGAAAAACACAAUUGGUACAUUCCUGCUCUGUGGCAUGGAGUCCCUCCCAUGUCUCCAGUGAAUAUGGGAUACAGUGAAAAGGUUUAUGAAUUAAAGAAAUAUUUGUUUGAAUUUCUGAAAGGCUGUUCACAAAACAGAUCCCCCAAGGAUAUUCCCCAAUUUCUUGAAUGGGUGAGGAGCCUGUGGAAUGCUGUAAAACAUGAAAACUUCAUUUUCAGCUUUAGAAACAGCCUCGUUGCUGAAGCCUAUGACCAGCUCUCUGUGAAAUAUGCAGAGUGGGAAUGGGGUUUCUGCAAGAUGAUGCACCUCUGGGUAUCUGAAAAGGAAACUUUCAUCCAACAUCAGCCACCAGAUAAACUAGACACCAAUGUUUUAACCAAACUAAAGACUGAGGCACAGGAAAAACUGAGGCAAGAAGCAGAGAAGAUUUUGGAUCAUUUAAAACAAUAUUUUGAAAGUGGAGCAGCAAAUCUACACCUGAUAGAACAGUACAGGGAACAUUUUAGGAGAAGUGCAAAUGGUCUGAGGAAUGAACUGGAGAGUUAUUCAUUCAGCAAGUUGAAAGAAGUGUUUGAAAUUAGAAAAGGCCAACGUAAAACAGACGCUAUCCUGUCAGAGUACAAGAGAAAAAUUGAAGAGAACGUUGACAGGCUUCUGAACCAUUGCAGGAAAAGCAAAUGCAAACUGAAUAAUGAUAAACUGGAGGAGGAAUUUGACAAGAUGUGGACAGAAACAUUGUUGGAAUUAUCACUCAUUACUUUACAGAAACACAACAUAUUUGAAGAUAUGGAACUCCAUCUGAGAAGAGACCUAGAGAAUAAGGGGAGUGCAGUAUGGCAGAUGUUAAAGGAUGCCAAAAGCUUGUCUGCUUAUAAAACACAAAAUUUCAAAAUGAAAAAGGAAUACUCAGACUUUUUCAAAGUUUACAGAAUGUUAAGUAUGAAAGAAUACUUUAGACAUGAACGCUGGCAUAAAACAGAGGCUCUGGCUAAAUCCUUAAUAGACAAGUGCAAUAGUUACACUGAAGAAAAGGUAAAUGGCAAAGCAGAUUACGAUGAAAUUUAUUGCAGAGAGUUGUUGCGGAUGAUUGACGAGCAGCUUCAGCAGGCAAAUGUUCAAAACCUUCACCUCACCGCUUGCUUUGAAGUUGACCUGAAGCUUCACAUUUUGGGGGAUGCAGCUCGUGCAUUUCAGAAGAUGCAUGAAGAAUUCAUUACAGAAAAUGAUCCUCUGCAGCGUCUGGGGAAACUGAAACCUCAGUAUCGCUCCACAUUCAUAGCUCUGUACUUAGAGAAGGAUGAGUGUCAAGACAGGGCCUGGAAUUUCUGUGAUCAGUGUCUGAGACCUGCCCUGGUGGACUAUGUGAACAAGAGACUUGGGACAGAAAUAGUGGACGACGUUCUUAGCAGUGAACGGUCUGUUGAGUACAGCACCCGGAGCUUUUUCCAAUUCUUUGUUCUGAAGCAGCUGUUGGAAGAAAAUGACUUUAACAAUUAUGUGCAAUACACAAGGAGUUAUGUAUAUUUUAUCAAAACCCGGAUACGGAGACACUUGUUAACACUCUACAAAGAGACGGCAAGUCUGGGAGAUUUGGAGAAAAGGAUUUUCUCCCCAAUAAUUAAUAAACUCAGUGUUGUUCUGAAAAACUCCAAAGGUGUGAAGACUAAGACAGUCUCUGCCUUUUUAGACAACUUUUGUGAAAAGCUGCAGCAGGAUCUAGUCAUUCCCAGGGAUAGCUUAGAAGUGAUACUGUUUAAAAACACAGCACGUGCAGACCAAUUUUCAGCUUUUAUAGAACAGUUUAUUCCUGAUCUGGAAAAACAAGUUUUAUCCACUUUUGAAAAUCUGGAAAUUCAGUCAAAACUCUCAAAACUUGCAGUGAAGCCCCAGGAUGAGAUCUUCAAGCGAGUGUUUGGCUGUGGGAAGCAGUGUCCGUUCUGUAAAGUCCCCUGUGAUGCAGGAGCCGAAGUUCAUGAGAAGCAUUAUGCAGCAGUGCAUCGGCCUAGAGGAUUAGGGGACAGCCGGUGGAAUAAAACAAGGAUACUUGCCUAUGAUAUAUGCUCCUCUUCUGUGGCUUCCAAUAACACAUUCAGAUGUACAGAGACAAAAGGGGAGUUUCAUCCGUAUAAAGAUUAUCACAAAUUUUUUCCAGACUGGCUCAUCCAGCCAGAUUCCAGCAUCACGGCUUCCGAUUACUGGAAGUUUGUUUUCAAGGAAUUCAAUCACCAGUUUGCUGAGGCAUUUGAUGCUCUCCCUGCCAAUCUCCCUGGUGACUGGUAUAAAAUAACUAAAGAGCAGGCACUGGAGAGCCUAAAGGAAGCCUUUACAUUUAAGUAA